AAAAAUAAAUAUUUCAAUUAGUUAUUAAAAAAACAAAAACAAAAAUUCGAAAUUCCUUAUCAUUUUAAUUUUAAUAAUAUUAAUGAUUCAAAAUGAAUUAUAUUUUAUUUAAAACUGUUAAAUAAAUGAAAAUAACCAAAUAAAUGAAUAUUAAUAAUUAUUUAUAUACAUAUAUAUAAGUAAUAUAAAAUUAUGUUUAAUCUAUCAGGUGAUCUAUUGUGAAAAUAUAGUUACUUAACCUCAUCAAAAAUAAUAAUUUUGUAAUAGCAAAAGAUAAAAAAAAUAAACAUGAAUGUUCUUGUAAAAUCUCUGAUAUCAAUAGUUAAACCAGUACCUCUACGACGUAUUUCAAUAACUUGUAUAUAUUGUAAAGAUGAUUUUCAAGAUGUAAUUCAUCCAGAAAGCCAAGAACCAAAUAUACCAUUAUAUGUAAAACGUAAUGAAGAAAGUAAAGAUAUAAAAAAAGCUCGAUUAUUGUAUCAAUCUCGCAAACGUGGCAUGUUAGAAAAUGGUCUUCUUUUAAGUACAUUUGCUAAAAAAUAUUUAUGUGAUUUUGAUGAUAAACAACUUCAAUUAUAUGAUCAUCUUAUCAAUUUGCCAACCAACGAUUGGGAUAUAUUUUAUUGGGCUACAGGCGCAAAACCAACUCCACCUGAAUUUGACAAUGAAGUUAUGGAUUUGUUAAAAAAACAUAUCAAAAAUGAAGACCGUCAAGCAAGAAUAAUGCAACCUGAGUUAUAAGUAUAUAGAACUUAGUAACUGUACUUAAUAGCUUCAAUUUUCAAUUUAAUCUUAAAAAAUAAAAUUAUGAUAAUAUAAAAAAUUAUUUGAGUUUUUAGGAUAUUUUUUGUUUAUAAACAUAUAAAAAUAUAAUAGUAUUUAUAUUAUAAAUAUAAUAUUUACAAUUAUAGAAUUUAUAAAAAUAUAUAAUUAUAAUGUUA